ACUCUGUACUUUACAAAAUCAAAAAAAUAAUUGAAUUUAAAGACUUAAAAGAAGAUAUUGCAAUUCACGCAAUCAAAAAAGUUAUUGAAGGUAAAGACCCAAAUGAAGAAGACUGGUACUAUGGCAAUAUGGCACCGGUUGAAAAUUAG